UGACUGUUUUUUUUUUUUCCAAUACUGUGAUUUGCAUAAAAAUCCUCUCCCUGACGCAACGGCAACAAACGGUACCGGAGUCUUCCUGACAACAACUAAUAACUAACAAAAGGAGGUAAAGAGGAUCAUGUUUACAUCGACCCUAGCCCUUCUGGGCCUCAGUCUGGGACUUGUGGCUAAUGCUUUCCCCACACAACAGUCUGAAAACGGGAAGAACUGGGUGGUGAUUGUCGCUGGCUCCAAUGGCUGGUACAACUACCGACACCAGGCUGACGCCUGCCACGCGUACCAGAUCGUCCACAAGAAUGGCAUUCCUGACGAGCAAAUUGUCGUGAUGAUGUAUGAUGACCUGGCGACCAAUGAGCAAAACCCCACCCCAGGGGUGGUGAUCAACCGACCCAAUGGGACAGACGUCUACAAGGGAGUCCCCAAAGACUACACUGGAGACGCUGUUACCGCUGACAACUUCCUGGCUGUGCUGAAGGGUGACUCAGCCAAUACUAAGGGGGGUUCUGGGAAAGUGCUGAAGAGCGGUCCCAACGAUCAUGUGUUUGUGUACUUCACUGAUCAUGGAGCUCCUGGACUGCUGGCCUUCCCCAAUGACGACCUUCAUGUUGCCGACCUCAUGGAUGCCAUCAACAACAUGCAUGAGAACAAGAAAUACGGGAAGUUGGUGUUCUAUAUCGAGGCCUGUGAGUCGGGAUCAAUGAUGACCAAGCUGCCUGCUGACAUCGAUGUGUAUGCCACCACAGCAGCCAACUCUCAUGAGUCGUCCUAUGCCUGUUACUAUGACGAUAAGCGGGAGACAUACCUGGGGGACUGGUACAGCGUCAACUGGCUGGAGGACUCUGAUGUGGAGGACCUGAGCAAAGAGACUCUGAUUAAACAGUUCAAGAUCGUAAGGAGCCACACCAACACCAGCCACGUGAUGCAGUUUGGGAACAAGACUCUGGCCCAUAUGAAGGUGGUAGCCUUCCAAGGUAAUGUCAAUGCCAAGCCUGCCCCCCCCAUGACCCUGCAGCCCGUAGAGGACCCAGACCUGACCCCUAGCCCUGAUGUACCCCUGGCCAUCCUAAAGAGGAAACUGAUGAGGACUAAUGACCUCUCUGCAACCAAGAAAUACUUCAGCCAGAUUACGUCAGACCUCAAGGUGCGUGAGCUGCUGGCAGAGACCAUGCGCAGGGUGGUAGAGACGGUGACAGGAGAGGAGAUCAUGACCCAGAGGAUCCUGAGUGCCAAGCUGGAUCUGACUCAGCAUCAAUGCUACCAGGCUGCUGUUAACCACUACAAGAUACGAUGCUUCAACUGGCAUAUCACUGAGUAUGAAUAUGCUCUGCGACACCUGUAUGCCCUGGUCAACCUGUGUGAGGGAGGAUACGCAACAGAAAGUAUCCUGAUGGCAAUGGAGAGCGUGUGUCACUUCAACUAGACGGCUCUUUCUGAAUGAAUACCUCGUUCGGAUCAGGUUGCUGUGCCUCCACACAGGAAGGGUCUGAGACGCCGAGGCUUCUCUUUGCACUGACAAGGAAUCAAGUUUGACAAAAUAUAUAUUUUCUUUCACACUGCUAUACCACUUUUUCAAAUGUUUGAUUUUUCAACUUUUAUUCCCUGGAUUUUUUGAGACAUUUUAAAAGUUUUUUUUUUUUUCAUGAUGAAUUGUCCGAUCACUGAGCGUUUUUGUUUUACUACUCUGAUUUUUAUGAAGAUUUUGGUUUUUGGAUUCAGUUUUCUCCCUCUGGUAGAGUGGUGUCUGAUUUAGUGGGUACACUGUAAUUUUGCAAAACUGCCCUCCUGGUGAAGGAAAGGCACCCUGUGUGAAAUUCUAUGAGAAACGGUGACCUACACUCUGAAUGACCUAAAAUGAUGAAACCCAUAUUGGUCUUUCAGUCAGGCUAACCUAAGUGUUAUUGUAGAAGUAGGCUAAUAGUAGGCCCACUAUUUCAUAUACCCCCCCCCCCUUCCUGCACCUUUUAAUAGAACAAUGCUUAAACCACAUCAAAGACUACUUUUGGGGUCUGGGGGGGGGGGGGGGGAGGAGGAAUCUAAAAUGUAGAUUUGAGUGUAGCUAACCUCUUAAUGAAUGCUCAGGCACCUAGCACUGUUUGGUUAGUGCUGUUUCUGUAGGCCCCUGGCUUGAUCUCCUUCUGCCAGGGAGGCAUAGCUAGCUAGAUGGUUUUUUGUGAACCAUAUCUUUCCAUCUACCAGGAGAUUGUUGGGGGGCCUGUCAUCAGCAUCGAUAUAGUUUCCCCCCCCCUCUUUAAUUGUUUGCUACCUGGACAUUUUACUUCAUAUUAUGAGGCAUGUCUUUGACUAACACUAGCCACAAUCCCAUAGAAACAUGGAGGAAAUAAUUGGGUUCUAUUGGAUUUGUUUUUGUUUGUCCAGCAGACAAGAUCCAUUAGUUAGUUAUAUUAGCAACCCAUGAUAUAGGCAAAAUUUGAACAGAUAUUUCUGUCCCUGAAAAACGUGUGCAUGUGCAUUUUUAGAUUGGUGAUUUCCUGCCAAUUGUUUUGUUUUUUUUAAAAACCUUGGCAUGUAGGCAGUGUGCAUGUUGACGCACCGACAAUGUGACGAAAUAAUAAAAUGAAUCUAAACGUUCUGAUCUAUCAGCCUUAUUAAUUGAUACGGCGUAUACCUCCACUACUUUGAUAAGCAUUGUGGCGAUUUAAGAAGUGAGUAUAGGCAAUGCCCAUAAAAAUGGGUUUACGGUUUGGACCUGCGUAUACCCUCCACUACUGCUUGGGUGUUGGCUCUGCUAUACGCCAACAUGAGCCCGUUGUCAGAACUGUGAAUGACGGCGUCUUGUGACGUUGCCCCUAGAUGCUGAUCAUGGGUCAGUUUUGAAUCCUCCCCCCACAAAUGCUAAUGUUUAGGAUUGGGAAAAGGGGAGCUGAUCCUAGAUCUGAACAUAGGAAAGAGUUCACCCCACUGGCCUGUAACAGGGUUGGUGCUUGGAGGUUGAAUCCUACAGCGUCAUAAUAGCCACAAUCCCAUAGUACGCUCAUGUUAACCUCCAUGCAGACCCCUGUAAAGGCUCAGGAUACUGUGUUGUCACAGGGAUGUUAAACUAAAACCUUGAUGGUCAGAACAAACUGUAAAGGACUUGUGUUCAGUAAAGCGAGCCACAAGGUGAUGCUGAGGGGUGUAGCCCACUACAGCCAUGAUUUAAAAAAAUAUAUAUAUAUAACGCAUGGGCUCUAGAUUUAUUGCUCUUAUACAACUGGUUACCAGCCUUAAAGCAAGAUUCUUUCCCAAACUAUUUUAAUUUAACAAACCGUGAUGCUAGAUUCACUAACACUCGUUGUCAAGUGCAAUUUUAGGUGUUUGGUUGUUAGGUCUAUUCUCAUUGACUGGAAUUUUAAGUUCUAGAACUAUGGCAAACAAUGGUUGCUAUGGAUGCUCAAUCACUACAGACUGAAAGCUGAAAAUACUUAACUAACUGCAUGUGAAUGUUGUCUAUCAUGGGCAGGCUAGACUCUCUUCACAAUAGGGAUUUCUGAACCAACUGUAUAAUAGGAAUUACCAUAGUGGCUCUUUCCAUCUAGUCUACCCCCUCCUGUGUCAUAACUUAAGAUGUAAUCAAGAUAUUGACCGACUCAAAUAAUGAUUCCUCUUCUGUUGGGAGUAAUUUGUCAUAUUAGGAUUACAUUAUUAUAUAUAUAUAUAUAUAUUUUUUUUUUUUUCAAGAGUUAAAUGGUGUACCUGGUUUUGCUGAGGAAAGGUAGAGGCCAUAGACUGGAUUCUAUUUGUUUUCUAGCCACUGUAUAUUAUCAAAAGCAAUAGUGAUUAUUCUUAAGUUGCUGAAGUUUCUGCAUGACUGUCUGUCAUAAGAUGCCAAAUGGGGCAGAACACAGUGUUUUAGGAGUGUAGAAGGGCGAGAUGGCCAUGCAGUGCAGGACUAUGGUUUUGAGGAGUGGACUGCAGGAGUAACACAGCAAACUAGAAUGUAUGUAUGAAAUGUACACUCUUUGGAAAUUGAAAAAUAAAACUGACUGUGUUCAUGUCUUUA